AUGUCGACACUCGCCAGCCAGCGGACCUUCAAGGCUGUUUGGAGUCUCCUUCACCAUCCUCUUCGCCAUCCUCUUGGCCACGCUCCUCUCAAUCUACUCCGUGCCUUCUCAAACCAAGCCGGAAUCUUGCAAACCCCAUGCUCUGGAUAUGAUAUACUUGCCCAACGUUUCUCUUCAUACCCCAAUCCAGUAAACCUCUACGCUCUCCCGAGUUGGAAAAAGACCGCACACCCUGGUGGCUAUGUCGAUAUUCACGAUCCUGGCGAGAUCAGCGACUUGAAAGUGAACAACUAUGACGUUCUGAUUACUGAUAUUACUGAGAAUACGUUGCGAACUGAAAUUUCUAAUGUCUUCGGCAUAGACUACCUUGCGAAAGCGACUGAAAAUGAUGCAAAGAGAAAGAUCGACAUCGUAAGUGGUUAUUUGUACGGCGAAGCGCGCCGUGCAAUGGUUCCAUGUGUCGUCCACAAUGGCGAGAACGACGAGGGUUAUUGGGUGCAUUUUCUCGUGGACACUGGUUCCCCUGCAACGUUUCUUUCAAAGAAGGCAUGCGACGCUAUCGGCCUCAGGACAGACGGACCCACUUCUGCCACUAUUGCUGGAUAUACCCAAGUAGUCCGAAUGUCGCCGGUGGACUCACACUUUGCGGAUGUGAAUACUCUGGGGAUGGACUAUUGCGACACUUACAAGUUUAACGCAAUGUUUCUGGGCAAUGGGAGGGCGAAAUAUUACUUCAUGGACCGCUGGGCGGGAGCCAAAGCUCUGAAGGCCUAG